UCUGCUGCGAAGCGAAUGUCGACAUUAGAAAUAAUAGCAGCAAUAUGAGCAGGAAUUAGUGAUAUUAGAAUUAAAGCUGAGUAUCGUGGUUGUUUUAAUUGCCGUAUUCUUCGCGAGCAUAAGAAGAAUUAUUAUCGUAAAGCAGCGUAACGCGUUAAUUAAAUUCAUAAGUUCAUCCGAGUGUUACGAUUUUCCCACUUUUUAAUAUUUUUUUAAAGAGGGGACAGCGAUUAAAUAAUCAUCAAGGAUUACUCAAAUUCCAUAUAAUGAAGUAGACCUUCUUAAUCAGUUGCUUGUGAAAGUACGUAGAAUAAUAUACUGUUGUAAAAGCACCACUUUUGAAAAAAAAUAUUCGCUCAUUCAGUGCAUCACUAGACUACAUCGUGUGUGUGUCCUUUCAACCAAAAAAUACCUCUAUCUGCGUGAACCUUCGCUUUUUUGUACGUAUAAAUCAUCGAGUGUUCGAGUUCGAAAUCGAGACGAAGAAGUUACUACGCGAGUUAUUAAUUAAUUAAUUACCUAGUGUAUCGAUUUAAUAUGAUAUCUACAUCUCGUUCGAGUUUCAUCAGCUACGUAUUCAUCGUUUGAAACCCAUAAUUGCUCCUCAAUCUGCAGCUGUUGUAACAGUGUGGCAUUAAAAGCAGCAACACGUUCCAUAGAAAAGAAUUCAAUAGUCGAGUAUUAUUUUUCAUAUCGACGAAAUGGAAACUAAAAAAUGCGAACCAGCUUACGCUCGUCACCUUAUUUUGGACGAUGACAAGGAAAAAUUUGCUCUCAUGAAGUUUCGUAAACAGGUGGCAGAUUGUUUAACUGAAAGUUACCACGAUGAUCGAUUUUUACUCAGAUGGUUACGAGCCCGAAAAUUCGAUGUCGAUAAAGCCGAGCAAAUGCUUAGAAGAUCGUUAGAAUGGCGUAAAAAAUGGAAACUCGAUUGUUUAAAAAAUAUGGAAAUUCCGGAAGUUUUUCAACGUUAUUAUCCUCACGGAUUGAGUGGAUUUGAUAAAGAAGGUUCUCCAAUCAUCAUCGUACCUUUUGCCGGAUUCGAUAGUAAUGGAAUCCUGCACACUGUUAGUAAAAAAGAAAUGAUUACGGUUACUCUGAAACAAUUCGAAGAAUAUCUAGAUCUGGCUCGAGAACAAGCUAAUAAAUAUGGUCCGGCAGCUAUAAAGAUCACUUGCAUCAUUGAUAUGAUGGAUUUCAACCUGAAACAGUUCACUUUUCGCCCAGCUGCCGAAGUUGUCAUUAGUUUAAUUCAGAUGUACGAGGCAAAUUAUCCGGAAGUUUUGAAAACUUGCUUUAUCAUUAAUACUCCUCGCGUGUUUAUGUUCGCUUAUAACAUGAUAAAGAAGUUCCUGGAUGAGUACACGCUGGAAAAAAUUCAACUUUAUCGAACUUCGGAAACGAAUAAAGCUCGAACCGAGAUACUAAAAUUGAUCGAUGCUGACCAGUUACCAGUACAUUUUGGUGGUACCAUGACUGACCCGGAUGGAAAUCCUAAAUGUAUUACUAAGAUUAAUUACGGUGGAAAAGUUCCCAAAAGUUAUUACGUCAAAAAACGCGAUAUAAAUCGAUGCGAAGAAGUUUACAAUUCGACUGUAGUCAAAAGAGGCGACAAAUUCAAGCUCAAGUUUGUCUGUGAUGAAGAAAAAUCAUUCCUCAAAUGGAGUUUUUAUACCGAAGGAAAUGAUAUAAAAUUUGGCAUUGGUAAAGUACCCACAGCUGAUGAAAACAAACGUAUAGAUGUGAAUUCGAAAAGCGAUCAGUUCGAAUGGGAAAUACCUUUACAUAAAGUAGCCAGUCAUCAAAAUGAAGAAAUCGGAUUUAUCGAAUGUGUAGCAAAUUAUACCUAUCAUAUAAUUUUUGAUAACAGCUACAGCGUGGUAAGGAAUAAAAAAUUAAGUUACCGAGUUGCUCUCACGCCUCCUGUCAAGAGUAGCAUGUUAGCAGUCGAUGAAGAAUAAAUUUAUAAAUUUACCUCUGCAAAAAUGGUGUCGGGUUUGUUCGAAACAAAAAUGAAAAUAAAAAUCUUCAAUUUCACUAUCAACAAAAGUUUACCCCGGUGAUAAUGUGAUAAUUUUUUAAACCAAUUUUUGAAUACUCCUUUCUGAUAAGACUGUAAUUUUCUAUCGUUUUGUAUGCGUUCCAUUUUUAAUUCAUUUAUUGUGUUAUUUUUACCGCAUAUGUGUUAUUUAUUUAAUACAUUUUUUUGCAAAAUGUUU